CUGGACAAUACUCGCCCAGGGGUACUUACUUCGGAGGCACUCCAUCUUAGGGCUACAUUUCUUUACUUCAACUUGGAUCUUUUCAUACCAGGCUUUGGGACCGAACCAAUAAUUGACUAACCAUAAUUGUCAACCGUGCAUCGAACGAAGGAAAAGCACAAAAAAAAAUGGCACAAAAGAUCAGCACCAUUUCCCCAUCAACGAACAAGGUCGUCUGCGAGCGAGAUGAAACCACCAUCCCAGAAGCCGAGAAUAUUUGUCGGGCGGCGGCCAAAGCCUUUCUCACUUUCUCGAACAUGCCCUUUGGGCAGCGAAAGGAGAUCGUGACCAAAGCGCUGGCACUGAUUCAAGAACGCAAGCAGACCCUCGGAGAGGAAUUGACCCUUCAGAUGGGUCGGCCAAUUUCCUUUGGCGCCAAGGAGGUAGAAACGAUGCAAAAGCGCGCUGAUUACCUUUUGGCGAUUGCGGAGGAUGCUCUCCAGCCAUUACCAGGACGGCCGGAAGCUGGCUUCAAACGAUGGAUUGAAAAGGAACCUAUCGGACCGACUCUUAUUAUCUUUGCGUGGAAUUUCCCUUAUUUGAUCAUAGUGAACUCCUUAAUCCCUGCCUUGCUCGCCGGAAACUCGGUUAUAUUGAAACCGUCGCCACAGACCCCGUUGGUUGGCGACCGCAUCAAAGAGAUAUUUGACGAAGCUGGACUCCCGUCAGCUGUCCUGCAGGUCAUACAUUCAGGGAGUACAGACACCUUGAAAGAGUUAGUGAAUAUUCCAGACAUCAAUAUGGUUACCUUCACUGGCUCAACACAAGGUGGGCGGUUGAUACGCGAAGCGACCGCGAGCCGCUUCAUCCCUGUCAACCUAGAGCUGGGUGGAAACGACCCUGCCUACGUGAGAUCGGACGCAGAUCUGCGAUAUGUUGCGGAGCAACUGGUGGAUGGUGCCGUGUUCAAUGCAGGUCAAAGCUGCUGCGCCGUAGAGCGGGUAUAUGUGCACACCGACAUCCAUGAUGCUUUCGUGGCUGAGGUACAAAAGGAGCUGGCCCAAUAUAAACUUGGAGAUCCAGCGGACAAGACGGUAAACGUCGGCCCGGUCAUCUCACGCUCCGCUCAGAAGUCGGUUAAUUCCCAGAUUCAAGAUGCCUUGGCUAAGGGUGCCGUCAAUGCUACGCCUCCUAACCCGACCUUUACUAGCCCCCCAGAGGAGGGUAACUACGUGGUGCCUACGAUCUUAACACAAGUGAACCACGAUAUGAUCGUCAUGAAAGAGGAAACAUUUGGACCAGUGCUCCCUAUUAUGCGAGUAUCCUCGGACGAGGAAGCCGUGCAAUUGAUGAACGACAGCAACUACGGCUUAACUGCGAGUGUGUGGACUCAAGAUCUUGCGGCUGGCGAAAAGCUCCUCAAGCUGUUGGAAGCAGGAACGGUGUUUAUCAACCGCUGCGAUUAUCCGAACCCUGUGAGUAUAACUUCACUUCACACCUGCGCUCGCCAAGUAACUAAACACCACAUACAGGAUCUGGCGUGGACCGGGUGGAAGAACUCAGGCAUGGGAUACACCCUAGGACCAAAGGCAUUUGAUCCGUUCCUUAAACUGAAGAGCUACCAUAUUAGGGAGAGGCAGGGCUAA